GCUCAUUUGUUUCUCCGCUGCAACUCGAGAGAAAAAAAAAAUGGGAACCCGGCACCAGCCUUUGAGAAACCGGUAGAAAGCUUUAAAUUCCUCAUUCUUUCUUGUUCAAUCACAAGAUUUAGGAGCUUAGAAACCUUCUCCCGCUGCUGGAAUUUCCAGAUCUGCUCUGCUCCUCCUCUUCACCGCCGGCUGCUCCUGCUUUGUGGGGGGGCGAAUUGCUUUGAUUUUUAGAAUUUUCCUUCCUUGCCGCCGGCUCUUCCUCAAACUGCAACUCCGGUUUUUGCUGGAAAAUUCGGGUAUGGACAGCCCCUUUGAGCCUAAAAUUAUCCUUUAAUUGCUGGAUUUUGUCCGUUAAUUUGCUGCCCUGAAUCUUGAAUUUUCUGCCUUUGAUUUGCCCUUGUACUGUUCGUGAAUUUCUGUUGAAAUGGGGAAUGAAUUUCGGUAGUAAUUGGAGCAUAAUUGAGCUUAAUUCAUGUAUAAAUUGCUUGAGUUGGUUGCUGUAAUUUUUGGAAGAAAAUCCAGUGUGUUUAGCCCCUGUUUUUUUUUUUUUGCCAAAGCCGUGCUCCUCCCUUUUUGCUGUGAGAAUUGGAGAAUUUUGUAUGGGUGAUUUUUCAUAUACAUAACCCGAUUGUAGUGUUCAAUUUUGGAGAGAAAAAUAAAUAAAUCUCGUGACUUGUUGUGUUGCCAAGCCCUGUUUUUCCCAUUUGUUUGUCCGGGAGUCAACUUGGGAAAAAAAUUGGAAUUGAAAUAAAAGCCUUGUUCCCCAUUGUUUUAUCCGUGAGAUUGGGAAACCAUUUAUAUAUGUAUUUGUGUAUAUAAAUAUAUAUACACAAUCCGGUCAAUGAAAUUGCUUAUAGAAUUAAUUCUGGAAUAUUUUGAUUAGGUUCCUGAUUGUUCUGUCAAUUUAACACUGAGAUCGAGUUUUCAGUUUAUGCGAGUGAGAUAAGUAAAUUUAUGGUAAUGCCCGUACUGUUUUUAAAAGCAUGUUUUGACUUGUUUUUGAAGUGGUGGCGGGACUAAACCCAUUUUAUACAAAAAAGGAGCAUAAUUGAUUUGAAAUAAGAUUAUUAUUCUUUUUAUUGAAUUGAGCAUACCUACUUGAAAUUUAAUUGAUUGUCUUGAUGAUUUGAAAGUGAUUGGUGAAUUAUGAUUUUUCUGUUAACUUUUGCCUGUUUUGUCUCCGAUAUAGUCAUGUUUUACUGUGCCCGCUAGUGGGAGGUUUAUAAACGCUAGCACAUGUCGACAUGUUAUUGAUAGAACCGGUUCGUUCAACCCUGCUAGUGGGGGUUAUACACCAGCAAAUAGUGUGCCUGUCAGUGGGAGGUUUAUAACACUGGCCAUGACCUAUAGAGGAGACGUCUAUUUCAUUCCCAUACUGUAUCUGUUUUCGUGAUUAUACUUGUUGGCAUGCUAUAAGUUUAAUUAAGGGCAAUCCAUAUU